AAAGCAUAUCCCUCACCACUCCGAUACUACGCACACGGGCUUUUCACUUAGGUAAAAUAGACGGUUCUCUUCUGCCUGUGUCAGGCAGCGAACCUCUAGUAUUGCGCUGUCAGGGUUAGUUUAAAGAAUUCGGCAAAAUAUUGAAUUACUCAAUAGCAUUAUUAAAAGAUAUAGACGUACUUGAUUAAUUUAAGAAAUUAUUUACUGUCAGCGGCUGUUAAGUUCCACAUCCCGCGCGCGCCGGAAUCUAGCGGUUAGGGCGGGCUGAAUCGACUUGAAGAAACCAGCGGUUUAAAACCGAUUUUCAUCUUUAACGCAAUUUUUGCUGUGUGUGGAUGUUCUUUCAUUCACCUACCGUGGCUGUCUCACAAUGGGCUGCUUAAUUCACCAAAGCCAGACGAAUUGUAGCAAAAGUAGUCUUCUGAGAGGAUAGCAAUAGCUCCACCCACUCUCUACCUCGUUCCCUUAACUUGUUGCUGUUCCUAGCAGAGCAAGUCAGUUCCUACUUGGGGUUUCUGACACUUGUAGCGAAAGAGUGUAGGUUGGUUUGGGGGGAUAAAGGAAAAAUGAACACUUUAAAUCACUAGUACCUCAAUUCUAAGUUAUUCCAGUUUGCUGCUGAGGAGAAAUCGCUUACCAGAUUUGGUAGACAUUCCCUGUAAGAUUGUGAAGUCUAAAGUUCUCAUAACUGUAUGUUGAAGGAGAAAAAAAUAAUAAUCGCACAAUGGAUUCAUCAACUAUCGCCUCAGUCACUCUGGUGAGCAUAACGCUGGCCAGUCAGGCAGGCCUGGAGAACUACCUCUGGCUGCUGAUACUGGGCUUCGUCAUCGCCUUCAUCCUUGCAUUCUCUGUGGGUGCCAACGAUGUGGCCAACUCCUUCGGCACAGCUGUGGGGUCGGGGGUUGUGACCCUAAGGCAGGCCUGCAUCCUGGCCACAGUGUUCGAGACGCUCGGCUCGGUGCUGUUAGGAGCGAAGGUCAGCGAGACGAUCCGCAAGGGCAUCAUCGACGUGAACAUGUAUAAUAACGGCUCGGAGCACAUGCUCAUGGCUGGAUCGGUCAGCUCCAUGUUUGGUUCUGCAGUGUGGCAGCUGUUUGCCUCUUUCCUCAAGCUGCCCAUCUCUGGAACUCACUGCAUUGUGGGCGCAACCAUCGGCUUCACAUUGGUGGCCAAAGGGGCUCAGGGGGUCAGAUGGAUCGAGCUUUUGCGUAUCGUUGCCUCCUGGUUUCUCUCUCCACUUCUCUCUGGUUUCAUGUCAGCCGUUCUCUUCUACUUUGUCCGCGUUUUCAUCCUGCACAAGAAAGACCCAGUGCCCAACGGCCUGAAGGCUCUGCCAGUGUUCUACGCGGUCACCAUGGGGAUCAACAUAUUCUCCAUCAUGUACUCAGGAGCGCCGAUGCUGGGCUUUGAUAAGGUGCCGUGGUGGGUUAUACUGCUCAUCUCCAUUGGCUGUGCCAUCUUGACUGCACUCCUCGUCUGGUUCGUCGUUUGUCCUCGCCUCAAGAAGAAGAUUGCCCGGGAGAAUAAGUCCUCCAGCCCGUCUGAGAGUCCCUUGAUGGAGAAGCGGGAGUUGGCCACUUGCCCCAUCCUGAAGGCGGUGCCCGAGGAGCCCCCUCCGGCCCCCAUUCAGGACCCUGUCCUGUCCGAGGAGCGCCGUGUCACCUUCAACAUCGGAGACGCUGACGACGCCGACUGCAGAGAGGCCAAGGAAGCGGAGACCAAUGCCAACAACAUGCAAAAGACGGUUCACGUCCAGUUCACCACCAACUCUGGUCCGACUCACAUCCCGAGCAACGGCUACAGUCAGUAUCACACCGUGCACAAGGACUCUGGCCUGUACAAGGACCUGCUGCACAAGCUGCACCUGGCCAAAGUGGGCGACUGCAUGGGCGAGGCCGGCGAGCGGCCCAUCCGCCGCAACAACAGCUACACCUCCUACACCAUGACCAUCAUCGGCAUGCACGGCGAGUUCCGGGCCCGGGAAGGCGACUAUAAAUCCGCCAUUGGGGAUGAGGGCGGCGACAAGCCUUGCGCCGGCCCUGAGCGCAAGCGUGUGCGCAUGGACAGUUACACCAGCUACUGCAACGCGGUGGCAGAGCACGGUGUGCCUCCCGAGGGCCUUGUCGAGGGCCUUGGUGAGGGCCUUGGUGAGGGCCUUGGCGACGCUGACGUGGCGCUCACGCUGCCCGAGGAGGAGGACGCCGGCAGCAGCCACAGCUCGUUGGACGAGCCUGAGAAGGACCGGCCCGAGGUGUCCACGCUCUUCCAGUUCCUGCAGAUACUCACUGCCUGCUUCGGCUCCUUUGCGCACGGCGGCAACGACGUCAGCAAUGCAAUUGGUCCCCUGGUGGCGCUCUGGCUGGUGUACGACAGCGGCUCUGUGCUGACCAACAACCCUACCCCCAUCUGGCUGCUGCUCUAUGGAGGAGUGGGCAUCUGCCUUGGCCUCUGGGUCUGGGGCAGGAGGGUCAUCCAGACCAUGGGCCGCGACCUUACCCCCAUCACCCCCUCCAGUGGUUUCAGCAUUGAGCUCGCUUCAGCAGUCACUGUGGUAGUUGCCUCCAACAUCGGUCUGCCUGUUUCCACCACUCACUGCAAGGUGGGCUCUGUGGUGGCAGUGGGCUGGCUUCGCUCCCGCAAAGCAGUGGACUGGCGUCUGUUCCGCAACAUCUUCAUGGCGUGGUUCGUGACCGUGCCCAUCUCUGGUCUCAUCAGUGCCGCCAUUAUGGCCCUCUUCGUCUUUGUCAUCCUCCCCUCAUGAGCCUCCCCUUGAACACCCACCACACCCCUCCCUUCAACACCCACAGAUCCCUAACCCCCAGCCAGAGGAGAAGAGCGGCAUCAGGCCUCCCCCCCCCCCGGAAGAGGGUGUGGAGAAGGGGGGGGGAAAGGAAGAGUGGUAUGGUGUGGGGUGAAGCAAGCACUGUGCUGCUUCCAGUAUCCCCUCCCUAUUAUAUGAUUUUGAGAGGGUGAUUUGAGGAUUGGGGCAGGGAGGGGGGGGGGGGG